GCGAGUGAGGAAAUCCUGGAGUCACCGGGUUUGAGUCUUCGCCUCUUACCUAUCAGCGUAAUUGGGCGAAGAAAUACCUACGAGCGCGGGAGGGAGGAAGCUCAACCCCCAAAGAAAAGAGCAACUGUGGGGCAGAACUGGACUGUGUGGAGGGUCACUAGAGGCCGGUCCCGGUCGGCGCCUCACUCCUCCAAGUUAUGGUUCAGGCGGAGCUCAGGGCGAUCCUCAGGUGAGGGCAGCUCCUCCGCCCAGGAGUCCCACCACGGAGGAACCAGGUCGAUGUGGAGUGGGCAGGAAAAGAUGCUGCUCGCACAGCUACCCUGUAGCACCCUAAGCGGCCGCAGCUGCUGCAGAAGCAGAAAGCUCAGCGCCCACCGAGCAGGCGGCUUGAGCAGCUGGUAAAGUUGCCCAGCAGCUCUUUCUCCUUAGCUCCCGGCUCCCCAUUACAAUCUCCUUCGAGCUCUUUUUCCUUACUACUCGGAGCUGAUUUACGCGAAAACAUGCCUUGCACUUGUACCUGGAGGAACUGGAGACAGUGGAUUCGACCUUUAGCGGUGGUCAUCUACCUGGUGUCCAUAGUGGUUGCAGUUCCCCUGUGCGUGUGGGAAUUACAGAAACUGGAGCCCAUUCUGCCAGAACCAGGGGUAUUCCCACUUGGUCCAAAACAGUUUUUUUAUACAUUCUGGUUAAAGCAAGAGUGGAAGUCAUGGCGCAUCGUUAUGCCCAAGGUAGCCACCAAGGCAUUGCUGAAGAGCCCUCAUUUGAAAACCAUCAGUGUAUUGGAAAGGAGCCCCGGUGAUGCAGUGGUUAAGCAUUUGGCUGCUAACCUGAAAAGUCAGCAGUUCAAACCUGUGAGAGAAAAGAACUGGCCAUCUGCUCCUGUUGGAAUACACACUAAGGCUUGGUUUAUUGCUGGAAUCUUUUUGCUACUGACUAUACCUAUAUCUCUCUGGGUGAUUUUGCAACACUUAGUGCAUUACACACAACCUGAACUACAAAAACCAAUAAUAAGGAUUCUUUGGAUGGUACCCAUAUACAGUUUAGAUAGUUGGAUAGCUUUGAAAUAUCCCAGCAUUGCAAUAUAUGUGGAUACUUGCAGAGAAUGCUAUGAAGCUUAUGUCAUUUACAACUUCAUGGGAUUCCUUACCAAUUAUCUGACUACCCGGUAUCCAAAUCUGGUAUUAAUCCUUGAAGCCAAAGAUCAACAGAAGCAUUUCCCUCCUUUAUGUUGCUGUCCACCAUGGCCUAUGGGAGAAGUAUUGCUGUUCCGAUGCAAACUGGGCGUAUUGCAGUAUACAGUUGUCAGACCAUUCACCACCAUUGUUGCUUUAAUCUGUGAGCUGCUGGGUAUAUAUGAUGAAGGAAACUUUAGCUUUUCAAAUGCUUGGACUUACUUGGUUAUAAUAAACAAUAUGUCACAAUUGUUUGCCAUGUACUGUCUCCUGCUCUUUUAUAAAGUCCUGAAGGAAGAACUGAGUCCGAUCCAACCGGUGGGCAAAUUUCUGUGUGUAAAGCUGGUAGUUUUUGUUUCCUUUUGGCAAGCAGUAGUUAUUGCUUUGUUGGUAAAAGUUGGCGUUAUUUCUGAAAAGCAUACAUGGGAAUGGCAAACUGUAGAAGCCGUGGCUACAGGACUGCAGGACUUUAUCAUCUGCAUUGAGAUGUUCCUUGCUGCUAUCGCUCAUCACUACACUUUCUCAUAUAAACCGUAUGUCCAGGAAGCAGAAGAAGGCUCAUGCUUUGACUCUUUCCUUGCCAUGUGGGAUGUUUCAGACAUUAGAGAUGAUAUUUCUGAACAAGUAAGACAUGUUGGAAGGACAGUCAUGGGACAUCCUAGGAAAAAAUUUUUUCCUGAGGACCAAGAUCAAAAUGAACAUACAAGCUUAUUAUCGUCAUCAUCACAAGAUGCAAUUUCUGUUGCCUCUUCUAUGCCAUCUUCACCGAUGGGUCACUACCAAGGGUUUGGACACACUGUGACCCCUCAGACGACACCUACUGCAGCUAAGAUACCUGAUGAAAUGUUUAAUGACACUACAGGAGAGAAAAAAGAACUUUCAGAUAAAUUUGUGGCCUCUUGA